AUGUUUUCAGUUUGGAAAUUGCUCGUUGUAAUCUCCCCUUCUUUUGCUUUGCUUUCUUUCUUUCUUUUUCUUUCUUUUUUCUUUCUCUUUACUCUUAUCUAUCUUUCUUUCAUUCUCUCUAGUUUUCAUUAUUUCUUUCUUUCAUUCUUCCCGUUCCUUUGUUCUUUCGUUCGUUCUCUUCUUUCUUUAUUUCUGUGUACUUCUUGUGUCUUUUUUCUUUCUUUCUUCCUUUCUUUUUUCUUUCUUCCUUUCUUUUUUCUUUCUUCCUUUCUUUUUUCUUUCUUUAUUCUUUGUACUUCUAAUAUCUUUCUUUCUUUCUUUCUUUCUUUCUUUCUUUCUUUCUUUCUUUCUUUCUUCUGUCUCUCUUCUCAUACUACUUCCUUAAACCAAUUCCAUUUCUUUCUUUCUUUUUUUUCUAUUAAAUUAACCCUAUUCCUUCACUUAUUUUCUUUCUUUCUGAUUACUUUCUUUCUUUUUCUUUCUUUCUUCUUUCUUUCUUUCUUUCUUUCUUUUUUCUUUCUUUUUUCUUUCUUUCUUUCUUUCUUUCUUUCUUUCUUUCGUUCUUUCUUUCUUUGCAAUUCCCUUUUCAUAGAACGUCUUUUCUCUCUUUUUUCUCUCCUUUUACAUGAUAUUCUUUUAUUUUAA